AAAAUUAAAAUAGUACGUACACAACGUUUAUUGCUAAUAUCAAUUGUUUGUUUACGCAUCGAGGUCCAUCAUAAACAAACAAAUAGGACUUGGGAGAUAAGUACAAUGCACCCACAACAACGUGUUGUUUGUAUUUUAAAUUAAACUGAAUAAAACAAAACGGCGAAAGCGUUUGUCUUUUGUUUCCAAAAGUUUCUAAGGUUUUGUUCGUUGCAUUAGUGCGUUUAGAAAGGGAUUUUUGUGUUAUCGAUUUUGUAACCUGUUGCGCUUGUGCUGAUGAGGUCAAUUGUUGAUUUCCUCGGCAAUAAUCAGCAAUACGAUCGGGUGCCGCAAGAAGACUUAACAGAUUGCGAGACUGAAGAACAAGAUACAUUAUUAACCAAUAUGGAAGCUAGAACCGAACAUCAGCAGACUAAAAGGUACAAUUUCCUGUAUGGAAUAGCAACAGGGGUGGGGGUUGCUGUUAUUUGUUUGGUGCUGUUUUGGUGCGUGCAUUUUAGGAACGGGUUCUCCUGGUCUUCAGACCCGGCUCUAGAAUUUAACUGGCAUCCCCUGUUGAUGACCACAGGGAUGAUAUUUCUUUACGCGCAAUCUAUUCUAGUUUAUAGAAGCGCAAGGAAUUUUCGUAAAAAACAACUAAAACUGGCCCAUGGAUUCUUGCAUUUGAUGGUAUUCAUUUUGACAGUUAUAGGGUUGAAGGCUGUUUUCGAUUCUCAUAAUCUGAAGUCACCACCGAUUCCGAAUUUAUAUUCUUUACAUUCCUGGAUUGGUUUGCUAACGGUUAUCCUAUUUACCUUGCAGCUCGUUCUUGGGUUUGUUUCGUUUUUGUACCCCGGAUUACCAAAAACGACAAGAGCUGCGAUCAUGCCCAUCCACGUCACUUUUGGCACUUCCAUAUUUAUUAUGGCCACCGUUGCAGCCAUUUCUGGGUUGUUGGAAAAGGCAAUUUUUACACUCAAUAAUUAUGCAGAAUUACCCUCCGAAGGUAUAGCCAUUAAUUUAAUUGGUAUUUUUACCAUUGGUUUUGCACUCUUGGUACUGUAUCUGGUAAACGAUGCAGACUACAAGCGUCACAAUUUACCCGAAGAUGGAAUAAAUUUGGUCGACGAAACCCAUAGCAGUUAAAUCUUACUAUUAAUAAUAAGAAACUUGGUGCACAAUUUAUUAUAUUUUUCCAUAAAAAAGAUAAUAUUUUUCUGUUUGGUGCUAAAAAAUGAGGUUUCUUCUAUGUGCAUAAAUAGGUGUGUAUGUACUCUUGAUGGGUGCUUUCUAUGUCAGGUUUUAACGGGUAUUUUUUUUUUGGUUCUAUUUGAGAUCUGCAGUUAUUUUUUGAUAUAGCACGUUUUAUAUUUA